AUGGUCAGAUGCUGGAGCUUCAUUCUCUGUGCCCUCGCCUUUCUCGGUGUCGACGCCGUCGACAACCUCUCUGACUUCUCUAACAAUCUGGCUACGGAUAUAGCUCCUCUUCUCGUUCUAGUCGGCGAUACUAUGACCAAACAGUACCUCAGUGAGAGCACAUCCUUUCUCAACUCCUUUAUCUUUACUAUGGCCCCGAAUGGCAUCAUCCCCGGGAUCCUCCUCGCCAUUCGAGUCUGCGGGCACUCAUCUCCCCGCGCCUUCUUUGGCAGGUCCCAGGAAGGCGAUGGCGUGGUUGAGGCCGAAUUAUGCACGUCUACGGGCCGCGACGUGUGCGAGAUGUUUAAUAGGGGCGGCAUCACUCGUGUUCUGUGCUUUCAAUCGUGCCGAACCAGAGAACGGAGCUAG